AUGGGCUUUACGGGUUCCGCUACCAAUCCUGUCGCAUCAGACUUGGAUUCAUUCUACGACAGGGCCAUUAAUUGUUAUUCUAGUGCUUCAUAUACCAAAUUGACACAACUUGUGAUUCAAUCAAACAUGCAUUUCGAACAAUACCAAGUAAUGAAACUACUAGGACUAGAAGAAGGAAAUGAACAACAUGCAAAAGCAUUUGAAUAUCUUCUAAAUUUGAUUGAGAUGGUUGCAAAAAGAUUGAUUCAAGAUGGUGUGACUAAUUUGUUCAAUGCACCACUAACAAACAUCCAAUAUUUGAGUUAUAUAAUAGCCAAAGAGAUGCCUUAUCUUUUCUUUGUUCCAGUUGAAAAGAGAAUUAAACAAACUUAUGAAGAAGAUUUCCUUGAUUCUGAUUUAAAAGUGUUAACAUCUGCUUGUCGCUUUAAUGAAAAUUGGAUAAUUACCUAUUUGCUAAAAGAAGCCUUUCUGGCAAUAAAGAAUUGUGGAAGUUGCCAGUAG